GGCAAGAUGGCUGCGGCGGUGGUUGGGGCCGCCCCACUGGGCAAGGGGCUGGACAUCAGCCUGGCAGCUCUGCAGCGACACGACCCCUAUAUCAGCAGCAUCCUGGACGUGGCCAGCCAGGUGGCGCUCUACACAUUUGGGCACCGAGCCAACGAGUGGGAGAAGACUGAUGUGGAAGGGACAUUGUUUGUUUAUACCAGAUCCGCUUCACCAAAAUAUGGGUUCACUAUUAUGAAUAGACUGAGCAUGGAGAAUCGUACAGAGCCAAUAACUAAAGAUCUAGAUUUCCAGUUGCAGGACCCAUUUCUACUUUACAGAAAUGCCAGACGUGAGUAUUUUAUUAUGCUUUUUACUCCAUUAAUUUUUAUGUAA